ACCGUGGUAUUAUGAUAGGACCCACGGCCCGUGGCCAUUUCUCCUCUGCACUAAUUGAUCCCAGCCUUCUAGCCCCUUCUCUCCUCUGCACUAAUUGCCGAAAGGCCGAAAGAUCGGCUGGAGGGUUUCGGUAUCCGCCGGAGUAAACGUAUUUUGCCGGUGUGGUCCUUCUCAUAACGGCUAGCUGUGAGCCACGCUUAAUGUCAUUAAUGCGUUUCGCUGCCUUCUGAUCCAAAUCAAAGGGGCCAUAUGCUGCCUUUACCCCAUUGAUUCAUCGCCUGACUAUCCGGAAGGGGGGAAAAAAAGAGCUUGUCACUUUCUGAGUCAACACUGGCCGCAACAAGCUCUCUGCUCUGCUGUGACUAUUCUACCCGCUUUCUUUAGUUUGCAUUUUCGUUCAUGGUUUUCACUUGAAGUCGAUUCGACUGGAGAUACCUACUGAGAAUCCAGGAUGAGUUUUCAAGAUAUUCAGGGCGGGCCCAAGCGACCUGCUUCCCGAACUCAAUCGCCGUCGCAGGCGGUUGCUGCGGGGAUUUUCCAGAUCAAUACAGGCGUUGCCACUUUCCGACGACUCGUUGAUGCCAUUGGAACCGUCAAAGACACCGUUGGUCAUCGCCAGAAGCUGCACGAUACGAGGCAGCGGAUACUGCAGCUGGUGAAGGAUACUUCUGCAAAGCUCAAAGCCUUGAGCGAAUCCGAUCUUGCUGCCGGUGCUGAUUCUGGUAAGAAAAUUGAAGAUGCUAAGCUGGCGAGAGAUUUCCAAACCACGUUACAAGAAUUCCAGAGAGUGCAACAGCUUGCUUCUGAGCGCGAAUCUACCUACCUUCCUGCUGCUCCUGCUUCUUCUUUACCAACGAGCUUUGGCUCUGGUGGAGAAUCAACUGGCAUAGGUCUGGAAAGCCAACCUUUUAUUAGAGAACAAAAGAGGCGGGAGAUACUUUUAUUGGAUAAUGAAAUUGCAUUCAACGAGGCCAUGAUUGAAGAAAGAGAACAGGGCAUCAAGGAGGUAGAGGUGCAAAUUGGACAAGUAAAUGAAAUAUUCAAGGACCUAGCCGUUCUGGUUCAUGAGCAGGGGGUUGUUAUUGAUGAUAUUCAAUCAAAUAUUGAUGCUUCUGCGGGUGCAACAACCCAAGCUACUACACAGUUAGCCAAGGCUUCCAAAAGUAUGAAAUCUAAGUCUUCAUGGUGUUGGUGGGUGCUUGUAAUUUUUGUUAUAGUGGUGGUCGUCCUCGUUGUUUUUCUCAUCAUUUAGUAUCCAAGCGCGUACAUGCUGGUAUGGGAUGAUUUGGCUGGACGGAUUUUUGGCUUUCUCAGUAUCACCUUCCUGAUUUUGGUGUGAAUUUGUUAAAUUCUUCUCUUAUUCCGUGAGUCCUUAACUGUGUUAAGACUUCAAGAGUGUAUGGCGGCCCUUCACAGCCAGCAUUUUUGAUAUCUAAUCUGUCCAUUGCUGGAAGUUCGAAGAAGGAAAGGAAUAGCGAGUCUACAAAAAGCUGGCCUGAUAUCCAAUGGAAAGAUGCUUGAGUAGUCGAUACUGCUAAAACUUGAGAGGUUGACUAAUGCCAAAUGUCUGUGUAUUUCUUUUCAUGUUGCCAUUAUUGUGUUAGGGACCAUUUGUUUGCACGGCAGUUGAUCCGUUUCCACGACUGUAUCAAAUCAAAGACAAGUGGGAAGGAAAUGAGGCAGUUCUCUUAUUGCCUUGGGAGUGUUGUUUGUGUAUCAAUUCUAGUACUUGGGUGGAGGAA